AUGAAUGCCAAGAAUGCAUCGCUGGCAGAGCAAUUGGUGCCGUCGACUUAUGUGCAGCAGGGUAUGACUGCAAUUCGCUCGCGUGAGAAGCUAAUAACGACAUUGUUGGCUCAGCGUCGUCUCCCUGACGAAGGUUGGGACAAUGCCAGCGUGGAAAUGCUAUUGCAGACACUCUCGGCUAUGGACAGCAACAAUUUUCAAGGCAGUGCAGGGGCUGGUGAGCGAGAGGCGCGUGUAUUUUCUCCGUUGGUAGCUCGUCGUCACUUUGGCUUGGCACAUGGCGUGGGAAGAUCAGGAGAUGUGGCGGCGGUGCAGCCGAAAGCUGCUGGAUCGUCGCUCAUAGUGCAGCUGGCCAACGCUUUAGCCAAGGAUGUGCUUCAUCUUGCUGGAAUGCGAGCCGUAAAAGCAGCAUUGGUGCUUCCUGUGGCAACAGGCAUGUCUCUCAUGCUCGUGCUGCUGCACCUCAAGAAUUUGAAGCCCAAUGCACGCUACGUCAUCUGGCCUCGGAUUGACCAGAAGUCGUGCUUCAAGUCCAUUUUGGCGGCUGGACUGACCCCACUAGUGCUGGCAAAUGUUUUAGUAGAGGAAGAUGGCAACUCGGGUGGAUACUUGAAGACAGACUUGGUAGGGAUGGCAGCCUUGAUGGAUGAAUACGGGAGUGAAAACAUUCUAGCUGUGAGUAGCACUACGAGCUGCUUUGCUCCACGGGCGUAUGAUCGUGUAAAAGAGAUUGCCAAGCUUUGUCUGGAACGAGGAAUUGCACAUGUGAUCAAUAAUGCGUAUGGUGUCCAGGCAUCGACAUGCGUUCACCAAAUUGAAACAGCUAUGCGCACGGGGCGGGUGGAUGCUGUCGUACAAAGUCUUGACAAGAAUUUCUUGGUACCCGUGGGUGGAGCAAUUGUCUGCUCGACGUCCCGUGAAGUCAUUGACAACGUAGCAAAACUCUACCCUGGACGUGCCAGCGCCACCCCGAUGCUCGAUUUUUUUAUCACGAUGCUUCAAAUGGGGAAGAAUGAAUAUCGACGGCUGCUGGAAGAGCGCAAACAUCUCGCAGCUUAUAUGCGUGAGAAGCUCGAGAUAGUCGCAAUGGAGGAGGGUGAGCGUGUGCUACACGUUUCCAGCAAUGAGAUCUCGUUUGCACUGACACUAGCGACAUUCUGCUCCGAAGUUGAGGAUAGACAAGAGAAAUCGCGGCGGCUGACAUUACUUGGUGCAAUGCUCUUUUCACGUGGGGUAUCUGGCGCUAGGGUGGUAUCAUGUCUCGAUUGCAAGACUAUUGCGGGGCACGAAUUUAUCUCCUUUGGAGCACAUUACGACGAGUUCCCCGUGGCGUACGUCACAUUUGCCUGUGCAUUGGGCAUGAAGCGAAGUGAGGUGGACUUGCUCGUUACGAAAUUGCGAAAGAUAAUGCACGAAUGGCGAGCGAACGAAAAGAAGACGCCGGACAGCUCGAUCGAUCUCUACAGACUUUGA